AUGGUCGCUGAUCCCCAGCAGAUUAGGCCGCCGGUGAUGUACCCAGUAUGGCCGGUUGGCCCCUACGGCAUGCCACUUCCUCCCGACGGUAGGCAUAUGGAGGUCCCCGCCCACUUCCCGCCGCCCCAAAUGAUGCCCCAGUGGAAACCUGAAGAUAUCUCCAAGCUUGCAACGAAUGGAAACGCACUUGCUUCUGAUGGAAGAAAUGGUCUUCCUCCUUUCCCGGCAUCACCUCAAUUUCCAAACGCUAUGCAACCUCCGCGAUUCGCCAUGCCUAUUCCACCUGCACCCACAAAUGCACGACCUCCGCCUCCGUACCCUGAACGAUAUCUCGCAGAUCCAAAGGCGGCUUAUUCGUUGCUUUUGCAGUCGCAACUAGCCGUCCUUCAGCAGGCAGAAGCAGCAUACGCUCAGAACCCGAAUCCGGAAACAAUGGCGGAGUUGAAGUACAUAACCGCAGUCCACAACAAUAUGCUUGCCGGCCUGAAAGCGACGCAGAUGACGCAGCCAGAUCUCCAAAAACCACAAGCUUCUCCAAAAACUCAGACUGUGCAGCAAAGUCCUACUUUUCAGCCACCACAACAAUUUCUAUUACAACAGCAACAGCAGCAGCAACAGCAGCAACAACACCAACAACUUCCCCAGCCUCAGCCCCAACGACCGACCGUCAAUCCUCCUCCGGGUCUGACCAUACCGAACGGCGACGCACCGCAGUUCUUCCAGCAGCAUACACCAAAUGGCAGCCAAGCGACUGCGUCUCCAUUAAUGACCGCAGACACCCUAACGAUGACCUCGGUUUCCCCAGCGACAUCGCAACCCCACCAAAAAGAAAAUAAGAUCACGAACGACGUUAAUCAUACAGCUAAUGGGCGCCAAGGAGACUCAUCGCCUGAACUCUCACAGGCAAUGUCGACUACUAGUAGUUCGAGAAAGAGAAUUGUGAUUCCUGGAAUUACCGACCGCCGACUUUCAGACGACUCUGAAGAUGACUGGCGGCCUGACGUUUACGCGUCGUCCUUUAUUCCGCUUUGGCUGAAGAACGUAAACACCUACGUCGCUGUAGAAACGGUUUCUACAAAGCCUCCAGACUUCAAUCUACAGGAAUACGUCUCCGGCUUUGUGGGCAACAAAAUCCUCAAACAUGAGCCGGUCCCUCCGUUCCAAUAUCAAAAGUCUGGGAAUGGGAAAGCCAUCCGGCACCUAUCAGUUGAUACGUAUAGAGAUUAUUUCUUUGACCUCAUCGACCUUGAGAUCAAUGCUCAAAAGAAGGAACUAGCCCGUUAUGACAUGUACGCGGUUUCACUUGAGGAGAGCGACCGAGAACGCUCUUUGUUCAAGCUGAAAUGUCCUGGGAUCAAGGAGUUCACACCCACAGUAGAGAUCGGCAAUCUCUUGUACUUCAGACAGUUACGACCCCAGUUCUCAACACAGGGACCAGAUGCGUUCUCGGGGUUUAAAUAUCCCGGCUAUAUUUGGCAUUUUGAUCGCGGCCGGGGAGAAGUUCUCGUUCGAAUUGAUGGGCUCAUGUUUGAGAGUAAUUUGUUCAAUGUCCAGUUUGAGUACGACGAGACUUUUCUCUCAGUGUGUGCGCAUUCCAUCGACGUAUUUCAGAAAAAGAUCAAGGAACAGCCAGACGGCUUCGUGAGACGUAUGCUGUUUCCCAAAGACGAGGAUGGCACUUUACAGACAACUUUACCACAGGGCACAUUCAACCUUGACUGGUAUGACAAGGGACUCAAUUUUGAGCAGCAGCGCGCAAUUGAUUCGGUAGUGAAAAGGAAUUACGGCGAUGUUCCAUUUUUGAUCUCCGGACCUCCUGGUACAGGAAAGACAAAAACUAUAGUCGAGCUCGCACUCCAACUUCUCAAAGCAGACAAGCGAAAAAAUGUUCUGCUGUGUGCACCGAGCGACGCUGCGGCAGAUACGCUCGCGUUGCGACUACGUCAUUAUCUGAACAACAAGGAAUUGUUUCGAUUAAACCAUUUCACCAGGCCGUUUGCGGAAGUUCCCUCUGAGCUACUGCCGUUCUGCGCGAUUGACUACGUGGAUCUGCAGGAUAUGUUUGUUUUUCCCGAGUUUGAGGCGCUUAUGAACUACCGCAUUGUCGUGUGCUCGUGCAAGGACUCGGAGAUUCUGAUGGAAGCUCAGUGCUCUAACAGAGCUCUCAAGAAAUAUGAAAGUUUCGUAUACAAGUCUUUCAGAAUGCCCGAGCCUAGCGACAGACUACACUGGAAUGCGCUACUGGUCGAUGAAGCAGGCCAAGGAACCGAGCCAGAGACAGUCAUCCCCCUCCAAGUUGUCAUGCCGGAUGAAGACUAUGCUGGCGAACUGCCAAUGUUCGUCAUGGCAGGCGAUCAUAAGCAGCUGGGUCCACGGACUGCAUCAAGACAAGAGGACAGGUCUGAGCUCGACGUCUCGCUUUUCGAGCGCUUGAUGGAGCGCGCGUUCUACGCUGAACAUCCGCUUGCUCGUAAACAGCAGCUCAGAUCAAGAAAACAGCCUGCACUGCCAUACUUGCGCCCCGCGUUUGCAAACCUGGUCCGCAACUAUCGCAGUCACCCUGCGAUCCUGGCGAUGCCGUCGUCGCUAUUCUAUUACGACACCCUGCUGCCUGAGGCGACUAACGUCGACUCGCUUUGCGAAUGGCCUAGACUUCCAAAUAGGAAUCUGCCGGUGAUGUUUAUUAAUAACACUGGAGAUGAUGAGAUGAUUGAGGAUGGUGUGUCGUGGUACAACACUGAAGAAAUCAACCUGUGCUGCGAACUCGUGCAAGAUAUCAUCACCAAGGGCCUCGUGAGACCGCACGAGAUUGCGAUCGCCGUCCCCUUCCGCGAACAGAUCCGCCGGAUCCGACUGAGCCUCCGCCGCAAACGCCUCAGCGAAGUCAACGUCGGCCCGAUCGAAUCCUACCAAGGCGCCGAGCACCGCGUCGUCGUCGUCUGCACGACGCGCACACGCGAGCGCUUUAUCGAGCGCGAUUUCAAUAAAGGACUGGGCCUGAUCCAUGAGUCUAAGCGGUUCAACGUCGCAAUCACCCGCGCUAAAGAACUGCUGGUCCUGAUCGGAAACGCAGAGAUCCUCCAGCGGGACGAAAAUUGGCGCGCGCUGAUGUCGUACUGCUUCCGUAACUCGCUCUUUGACCACAGGAAUUAUCCAGAGUGGCGGCCGUCGCAGGACGAAGUCAACACUCCGCUGUUUUUCUCAAAGAUUGAGAGAGGAAUCGCGUUUAAGAAACAGGCAGAGUCCGGCGAGAGUCUUAAGGGAUAUGCGGACGAUGACGCGAUGUGGCUUGCUGGGUUCACGGCCGAGGAGGUCUUGGACGAGUAG